GUAGAAGGCGCUGGGAAUGAGGAUAAAAAGGGCCCCCUUCGCUGCUCUGGUUUCCCAGCUCACUUCUCUUUCUCGGGCUCAACUACACAGACGGGUACUGGCUGCCUUGUUUGUUUUAUUUUACGACUCUUCGACCUCGUUCUUUACGCCCCACGCCGUCCAUCACUGCAGAUAACAGCCAUACAUCAUGCGCUUCGGAACAGCCGUCUCUUUGCUUUGCGCUGUCGCGUCGAUGACGCCGCUCGCGUUCGCCGCGCCAGUCGCUUCCGACUCGACUGGCAGCUUCGAGGCCCGUGCCUUCGACGCUGAGGUCGCUGACCUCGUCGCUCGCUCCGACUUCGACGAGGCGACGAGCCUUCUCGCCCGGGCGGUCGCGGACGUGCUCAGUGCGCGGACCGAUCCUCCCAACUACCACAAGCACGACCCGAACAACGGCAAGAAGCCCAAGUACUCGGAGAAGGACCCCAACGGCCCGCCCAAGUACCGCCGGAGGGACCUGCACAAGAAGCCUCAGCCACCUCAGCCACCUCAGCCCAAGCGUGGCGCCUCGCGCCCGCGCGAGCUGCUCGACUCCUGGUGGUGAGCGGUCCGAUGGAGGGGAUGUUUAGAAAUUGUAUGGCACCCAUUGUAUCCUUGACGUGGAUUCCAGUAACGAGACUUGAUCAGUUGUGAACUUCA